AUGACGGCUAAGUACGACAGCGACUUUACAAAUAUUCAGUCCUACCUGAAGCCUGCAGACAUCAGCGGUGGGAUGUUUCAUGGCACAUCAAGCGAAUUCUCGACAGUCUCGCCCUCACAUGCCACGGGGUUUGAUAAUAUGUAUGGCAAUCACGUUAGCACGCUCCUGCGGAAUGCGUACCCAGUGCAAUAUCCCGUAACAGCAGUAGCGAUGGGGUUCGAUGUGGAAGGCCUCUACGAGACGCAGGUCUGCAGAAGGAAAAAAAGCACAGGCGACAAGCUCUUCCCGCCAUAUGUCAACUUGCGCCGACGGGCUCAGAAUCGAGCCUCGCAGCGAAAAUUCCGCGCCAGGAAAGCGGAACGGAUGAAGGAGAUCGAAGAGGGGUUGAUGGAGCUGCAAGAGCAACACAGUGCACUGACUCUAUCGUACCAGACGCUCCAAGUGGAGUACGCCACGGCUAAGCAGGAGCUUGCAACGCUCCGAACAAAGCACACGAGUGAAUUCCCCGAGUCGACUUACUCCGGGUCUGGUAUUAGAGAAUGGGAGGGGUGCCAGACAAGGACUUCAGAUCCACUACCGUUCGACGUCUCGACAUUCAGCUAUAGGCACGAACAAGACGAAAAGUAA